AUGCCUUUGGUGCCUGAUGAUUCAGAAACAUGUGUGGAUGGUUUGGAAAAGGCUUUGAAAGUUAGAGGAAUCAAGAUUGUAAAUCCAAAUGCGAGUUGUGAUUUGGUGUAUUGUUAUUGUGGAAUUAGGCUGCAUCCUUUUAACUGUCCUGAUUCAUUUUCUGUAACCAAAAGUGGUGAACUUGUUGGAGAUGAAAGUGUUAGAAAGUUGGAGAAGAGUUGUUUGAGUGGCGACAAACAUGUCAAUGGUUUUCAAGGUCUUGGAGGGUGUUCUAUGUGCUUGAAUAGUCUCUACUUGCUUAACAAAAAGACUUCAAAUUCAAGCAAAGAACAAGACAGAACCGCAAAGAUUCACAACAAAGAUUGUGAGCUAAUGGGCUUGACAUGGCUUCUGUCGAAGAAUCAGACGACUUAUGUUCACACGGUUACAGAUGUUCUUCGAGCUUUAUUGUUGAAUAAUGAUGGAUCUAAGCCACAAUCAUGCACUCUUAAUAGUGAUGGAAUGCCUCUAGCUGUUUAUUCAUCUGAAAUCAUAAAUGAGCAUUCUUCUUCAACCAACCUCCAACCACCUAUGUUUUUUUCUUUGUUAUUAGUACUAUGUGUGCAUGUUUUUGUGCUAUUCUCUUAA